AUGGAUUCAGGACAAGCUAAGACUCCUAUCGGAUCUCUCUCCUCCUCCCCCACCCAAACCCCUAACUCACUCUCUCUUGCUUCACACUCCAGCCCGCGCCACUUCGAAUCCACAAUCCUCUCCUUCCUUUUGUUACCUGAUUCUCCGUUGUUCUCCAAUAGCUCCUCCUUUGACCGAGUGCUUCAUGACUUUCUCUCCACAUCUAGUGAUGAUGACUCUGCUCAUGAUCAACUCAUUGACCGCACUCUUCAACGUGUCUCACUUCUUCUUGAAUCCACUAAACGGUGCUUUCAUAAGCGACUCACACUUUACAAUUCCGUCUCAUGGUUCCUCCCUCAAGACCUCACAAUUAAGGUGUUUUCGAUGCUUGAUACAAAGUCUCUAAUGCAAGUUGCGGCUUGUUGCACCAUGUUUAGCAAAUCUGCCAUGGACCCUUUAUGUUAUUCCCACAUAGACUUGACAACAGCAUCUACACAUGUUGAUGAUGUUGUUUUGCGUACUAUGAUCCAUCGUGCUGGAAAUAAACUCAGAUCCCUUAAAGUUGGUAAUGAUGGUUUUAACUAUUUCCACACUUUUCCUACAAGCUCUUGUCUUGCUCCACUAUUAUCUUCUGAUCCUGAAUUCACUUGGAUGAACAACGAGGAUACAAUGAAUCUAAAUGACGCAGAAGACUACAUGAGUGGGGAUGAGCUGAUGGGUGAAAACUCAGAUGGAGAUGAAGCAGUAGCAGUGGAGGAUACUCUCACGAGCACAGCUGAAACCCGUGCCAAAAGAGGUAAACGCAGAACCUCUACAUGCUGGAAGCAUUUUAGUAUAGUAGGAGAGAAGUAUCCAGAUGGUUCGAAUGACGUAGUGUGCAAAUUCUGCAAACACAACUACUACUUAAACCUGCGUAGGAGUGGAACAUCUAGUCUUUUGCGUCAUAUGAAAGUAUGUACUUUGAAUCCUGUCCCUGGUACACCUGGAUCUGGUAGGAAGAUAGAUCAGCUUGUGUUUCGUGAGAUUGCAAUAGCCUUGAUUGAGCAUAACCUGCCGUACUCUUUUGUUGAGUACAGAAGAGUUAGGGAAGCGCUUCAUUAUGUGAAUCCUGGUAUAGAGUUCUGGUGUAGGGUUACAGCUGCUAAAGACUGUUUGAAGGUAUAUGAGAAGGAGAAGCUGAAGCUGAGACAGCAGUUGGAUAAAAUUCCAGGACGGUUCUGCUUAACAACUGACUUGUGGAGAGCUCUUACAGUUGAAGGGUACAUGUGUCUGACGGCUCACUACAUAGAUGGAGAAUGGAAUCUGAAGUCUAGGAUUCUCGAUUUCUGUGCAUUUCCUCCUCCUCAUACCGGUGGAGCUAUAGCGAUGAAGAUAGUGGAGUUGUUGAGAGAGUGGGGGUUAGAGAAGAAGGUCUUUACUGUCACUGUCGAUAAUGCUUCAGCAAAUGAUAACAUGCAGUCCAUUCUCAAGAGGCAGCUUCGAAGAGAUCUUGUGUGCAACGGCGAGUUCGUCCACAUAAGAUGCGUUGCUCACAUCUUGAACCUCAUAGUUCAAGAUGGACUGAAUGUUAUUUAUGGAGCAUUGGAGAAAAUAAGAGAAAGUGUGAAGUUUGUGAAAGUGACUGAAUCAAGAGAGAGACUGUUUCAGAGUUGUGUGGAGACAGUGGGUAUUGAACCCAAAGAAAAUGGUGUGUUACCAGGGUUGGUUAUGGAUGUGGCAACAAGGUGGAAUUCUACCCAUCUUAUGCAAGAUAGAGCCAUCGUCUAUAGGGAAGCCUUUCGCCAUUUAGCUGAUAUUGAGACAACAUAUCAAUUCUGUCCAACUGAAUUGGAGUGGGAAAGGGCAGUGUUGAUCCGCGAUUUCUUGGAACCAUUUGCUGAGAUGACGAAUUUGAUUUCUGGUUCUUCGUAUCCAACAACUAACCUAUAUUUUAUGCAAGUGUGGAAUAUCGAGAGCUGGCUGAGAGCAAAUGAGUUCAAUGAGGAUGGAGUCAUUAGUGAGAUGGUGGCUUCAAUGAAGCCCAAGUUUAAUAAGUACUGGGAGGAGUAUUGUGACAUUUUAGCCAUUGCUGCUGUGCUUGAUCCGAGGUUGAAGAUUGGAUUUCUAGAGUAUUGCUUCACAACUCUAGAUGCAGCGACAUGUAAGACGAAAUUGGAUCAUAUUAAGAAGAAGUUGAAGAAGUUGUUUGAUGUCUACAAGAAGAACAAAAAGAAAAACAUGGCUAGAACUUCAGGAUCAACUUCAGGAACUGCAGCACAGACUACUUUACCAGGAUAUGAUGCAUACUAUGCUUUCUUCUCACAGAACGCUGGUGGUAAUGGGAAGUCAGCCUUGGAUAAGUACCUAGAAGAACCGGUUUUAGACAUGAUGGCCUUCAAGAGUUUGAAUGUUCUCUCCUACUGGAGAGACAAUGCUAAUCGGUUUAAGGAGCUCGCAUCAAUGGCAUGUGACGUCUUGAGCAUACCCAUCACCACAGUUGCUUCAGAAUCAUCCUUCAGCAUUGGAAGCCGUGUAUUGAACAAAUACAGAAGCUGCCUUCGCCCUUCGAAUGUCAGAGCACUGAUUUGCGCAAGAAAUUGGCUAAGAGGAUUUGAGUCUUUAGACUGUGAUGAAGUGGAUUUUGAACCCUUGGAGUUGGAGGAAGUUGGAGAAGAAGUUAAUGAAACAUGUCAAGUCUGA